AUGGUUUCUGCCGGUGAUGCAUAUGUGCUUUUGCUACAGAGUGAUGGCCUUGCUGUCGCAUAUGGAGAGGACGUCGAGGGACGCUGCAACAUCCCGGAAUUAAGGGAUGGACUGGCAUAUACCGAGGCUUCUGCGGGUGGCAAGCACUCAGUUCUCCUCCGAAGUGACGGCCAUGCCGUUGCAGUUGGAAGGAAUGCUGAAGGGCAAUGUAAUAUCCCGCCUUUGGAGGACGGAACAAGAUAUGUCCACGUUUGUGCAGGGGAAAACCAUACGGUGCUCCUCCGAAGUGAUCGUCGUGUUGUGGCUUGUGGAGAGAAUGGUAGCGGACAAUGCAACAUGUCUGGAAUCGAUGGGGAAGUCUCAUAUGCCCAAAUUUCUGCCCAACAGUUUCAUACCGUCCUACUGCGAAGUGAUGGCACUGCUGUGGCUUGCGGACAGAACUUUACUGGGGAAUGCAACAUUCCUGCUUUGGAUGAUGGGCUGUUAUACACCCAGGUUUCUGCUGGCGCUUGUCACACAGUGCUUCUGCGAAGCGAUGGUAACGUGGUCGCGUGCGGAAGCAAAGCACAUGGGCGAUGCAACAUACCAGCGCUGCCGGCAGGAAUGGCAUACACACAGGUAUCUGCAGGGUGGAGUCACACAGUGCUUCUACGAAGUGACGGUAGCGCUGUUGCUUUCGGUCUAGAUCAACAUGGGCAAUGCAGGAUUCCGCCUCUGGAUGAAGGAGUGACAUACAUCGACAUUUCUGCAGGAGGCCGUCAGACGGUGCUCCUUCGAAGUGAUGGUCAUGUUGUCGCCUGCGGAUUGAUUGGCGCAGGACAGGAAGACAUUCCGUCCCUCACUGGUGCCGGAGAGCAAGACACUCCGUCCCCGGAGCACGGACUUUCCUACGUGGGCGAUUUGACAGCUGCGCGAAAUUUUGUGCUGCAACUCCAAGUUGUUUGUCAAGAUGAUCUAGCCACGCUGAUGUGCUCGACCUUGGCCGGGGAGGAACAGUUGUGCUUGAAGGUACCUCUGUCUGAUCCAGCCUGGGAUUUGCACAGACUCAUUGCCAGUAAGCUGACCGCGAAUCGCCAGAGACUUCGUUUGGUUUUGCCACAUGGACAGAUGUUGGCAGAUUUCUGUCGCGCACAUCCAGCGGCCACAGCAGGCGAUCUUUUUAAUCCUUCAAAAGGCACGUGGAGCUGA